AUGCUUUCUUUUCUUGACGGCGCCACGGCCGCGAUUCUCCCCGGCGGCUCCGGGUCCACCGUGGCGCCGCAGAAUGUGGAUUUCAAGUUUGUGCCCAGAAGAAACGGCGACCGGAACCAGAUCUUGGCCCACAACCAAAAGGUAUACGACCAGGUGCUAGCACAGGAGAUCCACGAGCCCAGGGAUUUCGACAUGGACUCCAUCAGGCCGCCGCAGGAUCCCCGCGACUACAGCAGGGAAAACGCCACCAUCAUAGCGUUGGUCAGGAACAACGAGGUGGCCGGCAUCAAGCGCACUUUGCGCCAGUUCGAAAGCAACUUCAACGCCAAGUUCCAGUACCCAUACACUUUCCUCAACGACGAGCCGUUCACCGAGUCUUUCAAGGAAAGGGUCCGAGCGCUCACCAAAGCAGACGUCCAGUUCGUGCACAUUCCGCCGGAAGUGUGGAACAAGCCUGCAUCAAUAGAUCUUGCCCGCGAGAGACAGGCCAUGGACCAGAUGGAAAAGGAAAACGUUGCGUACGCAAAGAAGGGCUCGUACCACAACAUGUGCCGGUUCUACUCGGGCUUGUUCCACGACUUGCCGGAGCUCCAGAAGUACAAGUACUACUGGCGCAUCGAGCCCAAUGUGCGUUUCUACACGGACCUCAACUACGACGUGUUCAAGUACUUGGCAGGCACCAAGAAAAUCUACGGCUUCACCAUCAGCUUAUACGACAUCCGGCAAAGCGUGCGCACGCUCCUUCCGGAAACGCUCCGCUUUUUGAACCAGGGCGACAACUACAAGUACGUGGAUCCCAAUGGCGCGUUCCAGUGGAUCACGGAAAACCAGCAGAACCCGCACGUGACCGAGGCCACCAACGGAUACUCCACGUGCCACUUCUGGUCCAAUUUCGAGAUUGCCGAUAUGGACUUCUACCGCGGCGACGCCUACAGAAACUGGUUCAACCACUUGGAGGCCACGGGGAACUUCUACUAUGAACGCUGGGGCGACGCUCCCGUGCACUCAUUGGGAUUGGCGCUUUUCGCCGAUAAACGCAAACUCCACUGGUUCCGAGACAUCGGUUACUACCACAUGCCAUACACGAACUGCCCAAACAAUGAGAACACCAAAGGAUGCACAACGGGCAAGUUCGAUGACAGUGGGCAUAAUCUCGACCAGAACUGCAUGGCCACGUGGAUCGAGUAUGAGAUGGAAAGCCUUGGUGCCAUCUACUGA